AGAACAGAGAACCUCCACACCGCAUUUUCUGCGGCCAGAUGAUGCAAGUGCCAGCCCACAACCUUCUUCCUACGAGUGACGAUCCCCACGACUUGAAGAGCCCGUGACACUGCAGCGUCUGCGCCUGCGGCGCAUUCCUGCCCGACGCCGAUCCAACCGCUGCUGAUGCCGGGCGCUGUGCCCAAGUCGCGCAGGGAAAAGGAAGUGAAACGAACCGAGCCUCUCUGGUGUUGCCAGAGUCAACCUCCGAGCCUCGCAGAGCAACGUGCGUGCGAGAAUCAGGCCUGCCACAGGCGGCAGAGCACGCGUACGCAGAAACGCGCGUGCCAGAAAAUGGAGCUCAACGCCCGGCGUCGAGCCAAAGACUCGACGGCAGUGGGGACGGCGGCGCCAAAUACUGCGUCCACGUUCUGUCCGGAGGGGAAGGGCGCCAACAGCCGCGAGAAUAUCGUAGGCAGAGGGAGGAGGAGGAGAAGGAGGAGGAAUAGGGAGGAGGAGGAGGAGGAGGAGGAGGAGCUCCACCUGUGAACCAGUUGCGCAUGCUCAGCUUCAGGACCACAGGCGGUGAGGCGGCCUCCAGCGGCCAGGCCCGCCCGACCCCCACACGCAUCGGGGUGCGGACAGGGAAAAAGGAGACAUGAACAGAGGGGAGGCGGCGGGGGAGCACUGCGCCGAGCGGUGGAAAAUCCCCGAGGAGAACCGCCGAGCGCCGGCCGCCGCAGAAGAGCGCCGCAGGGGGAGUGCAGCAUCCUGCCCGAGCCCGCCUCUCGCGCGGUCGCUCGUGGCCUCGGCCGCACGGGAAGGGGGGGCUGCCGAAGAGCACCGCGCCCAGACGGCGCAUCGCCAGUCGAGAACCCAAAAAACGCCCGCUGCACCCCCAUCCGCGCCUGCACCGCGAGGAUCUUCUGCAGUCCCGCGGGCUCGCUUGUGUGGA